UGAAAAAAGAGGAAUACUAGUUGAAUACCAAAAUAUAUUUAGAAAGGGAAGAGGGGUUAUGAAUAAUUUAGUAGAGAUAAUAACAGAUAUAAAAAAUAGCUUUUACGAGAACAAAAUAGUUUUCACGGCAUUCUUGGAUGUUUCGUUAAUAUAUGACAAUGUAAAAGAGGGAAGAGAUAUUUUAAUAGAAAAAUUAGUCAAAAAAAAAGUGUCCUCUAAGGAUUGUAAAGUAUUUACAAGAUUACAUAGAAUAGAGAAAAAUUAAAUUUAUAAUAAGAGAUGAAGAGGAAGAAAAAAGAGUAGUUUUUCAAUAGUUUCUACAAAAGGAGGAGUACUUAGUUCAUUAUUGUAUAUACCAAAGAUCUGUUGAAAACUAAGGAAAAUAGAAUGCAUGUGUUACAAUUUGUGGAUGACAUAGUAAUAUACAAGGUAUUUUAGACCACUCGUCCGUCUCUUUUAUUUUGAAAAGGGGUGAUACUAGGAAGUUGGGAACGCAUGUUUACCAUAAAAUCUUAUAGCACACGAGUCUAUCACGUAGUCUAUCGACUAAUAUUUUUUUACUGAAAAUUAUGUCUUUUUUAAAUAAAAUAGCAUUUGAAGUGUUAAUACUUUUUUGGCGGAUUCGGGAAGCUUGCUAUUCUCUAAAUUCUGCAGAAGUUCUGAGAGCCGUCGAUAGCGAGAGACAAAGGAUGGAAAAAUGUCUUCAUCAUGGUGACAAACAUUUUGAACAUUAUUGUAAUUAUCUUUUUAUUUCCGAGGGAUAUUAAUUCUUUUUUUCAAGCAAAAGUUUUUUUAAAGUUCUAUUGAACGAUAUCCAUACUACUUUAUGUUGCCAUUUAAAAUUGUUAAGUUGCCUUUGAUUUUUAAUAUAUUUUGAGUUUCCCAAAAGUGAAAAUAUUACCAUCAGAAAUUUCAGAUAGACUUUUAUGGUAAACAUGCGUUCCUAACUUUCUAGCAUCCUUUUUUAAAAUAAAAGAGAUGGAUGAGUUCUCUGAAACACCUUGUAUAAUACAAGAAAGGGGAAAAGAAUAAAAAAGAAAAAUUAAAAAGAGCAAUAAAGAUGGUGAAUGAAAGACUUAAAUUGAGCUUAAAUUUAGAACAAAAAACACAGUUUGUUAAAUAUAGUAAUGUGGAUGAAACAAAGAAAGAAAAGAAGGAAAAGAUGGAAUUAGAAAUUGGGCUGGAAAAGAUAAAAGAAAAUAAAGAAGCAAAAUUUUUAGAUAUUAUGGAUAGGGAUUUAUGGAUAUUAACCAUUAUUAUGGAUAUUAACUUUGUUUUGAAGAGCAGAGACAAGAAGUUAAAGAUAAAAUGAUUAAGACAAAUAACUUACUGAAAUACUGAAUUGAAACUUACUGAAAUGGAAAAGGGUAUGGAAAUUAAUACAGCAAUUAUAAUGUAUAAAAUGUUAAUUAGAUUUAUAUUUGGUUAUGGAAACAUAGUGUAUUUCUCAAAAUUAGAGGGUAAAGGGAUAAAUUGGAAAACAUUCAGUUUCAAGGGUUAAGAACAGCAUUAGGAUACAAAGUAUCAACACCAAAAAAUGUGAUAUUGGAAGAAGCAAAAAUUAUGAAUUUAAGGGAAAGAACUGUGCUUUUAGCUAAAAAUUAUGUAAGAAAAGUUAUGGGGAAAGAAGAGUUCGAAAAAUAAAAUUAGAAGUUUGGAAAGCAAUGAAAUGAAGGCGAGAAUAAGAAAACCAAGAGAAAGAAAAAUGGUAAUUAUAGAGGCAUGGAGAAGAAUAAAAAAGGAUAAGGAAAUGAUAAAGAGGAAUUUAGGAUAUGAAUUAUAUGAGAAAGAUUAUUGGAAUAUAACAAAUAAAGUAGAAGUGUUGCCUGGGAGAAGAGAGAAUGAAAUUACGGACAGAGAAUUAAUAGUGAUUAUAAGAAAAUAUGAGUUAAAAGAGAAAGAUUUAAAAAUUGUACAGAGUAUCCCGAACCUUCAUGAUGACCCUUGGUGAGAACGUAGAACGGAUUGAGUUGGAUGUUUCAAGGCAACUUUGAGCAAAGUGUUAGGCAUGGGCAUCAUCGGAGGUUCUCUCCUUGUAAAAAUUCCACAAAUUGUGAAAAUUUUACGAAACAAAAGUGGCGAAGGAAUCAAUAUCUUUAGUGUGUUGUUAGAUUUAUUUGCUAUUACUACAAUGGUAUCUUAUAGUUUUAUCAAUGGAUUUCCAUUUAGUGCUUGGGGAGAUGGGGUAUUUUUAGGACUUCAAACUUUAGCCAUUGCAGUCCUAGUAAUGCAUUAUAAUGGAGAAACAGCAAAAGCAAUAGCCUCUCUUUUCGCUUAUGUAGCAGUGGUUUUUGCAGCUAAUAGCGGGGCAACACCUAUCUAUAUUCUUUUGGCGUGUCAAGCAAUAAAUAUACCUAUUGUUCUUAUUAGCAAGCUCAUGCAAGCUUGGACAAAUUAUUCCAAUGGAAAUACAGGUCAAUUAUCUGCAGCAACGAUUUUUAUGCUCUUCUUUGGUUCCCUAGCAAGAAUUUUCACUUCCAUUCAAGAAACAAAUGACGCGACUAUGAUAACGAUGUAUGUGUGCUCUACACUAGCAAACGGCAUAAUAGUUGUACAACUUUUUUACUACUGGAAUGUAGACGUAAAAAGCAAAGUAAAGAGUAAGAAAAAAUUAUAGAAUGGAAGAAACGCAAAUGUUCAUAUACAGUAUACAAUUAAUAAUCGGUGUAGAUCAAUAAUAUUCAUAAAAUUAAUAACACAACUAUAUAAAAUUUUGUGUAAAUAACACCUUACGAAGUCAAUAUGAUGUUAGAAUAAAUGCUUGGAAAUCUUUCUAUAAGAAACGAAAUGUGUUCUUUUUAAGAAUUGUCAGAGUGAUAGAAUUCAAAUAUAUGAAUAUAUUUGUGAAUUAUCAAUAACUUCAUGCAGUUCUUGGAAAUCAGAAUAAUCAAGUAAGAACUAUUAAUUCUUAUUAAGAGAUAAUAAUAUAUAAGACAUUAAUUAUUACUAAGAGAUAAUAACAUAUAAGACAUUAAUUAUUACUAAGAGAUAAUAAUAUAUAAGACAUUAAUUUUAAUUCAAAUAGCA